GAAAAAGAAGUUGGAAUCCUAGGACCUACGAGGUGAUCGUAGACACGUAAUAUUACUACUUCUGCAUAUUUAUUUUUUCCUUAUCCUUUCCGCAUUUCAUCCUGCUAGACACACCUUGUGCAAUAAGGCUUAGUUCUGUACAGUACUUGCGGCUAUCGAGGACGACGAUAAAAUGCAGUUGCCGACACCACCGCCCGUGCGCCGGGUUCUUGCUGUAACAGGAAGAAGCUGACAUCGACAACGCUAGCGAGGGCGUGGAAACAGCUGGUUUAUCGCAGCCCCGUGGGCGUCCGCUCGAUUAGCUGACACCUGGGCGGCCGUUACUGGUUGUCUGAAACAUCAGGAAGAUACUGAAGGUAAUGCUGUUGCUCAAGAGCAUUUUGAUGGAAAUGGAAUGCUAUUCCUGCAUGACAGAUCCCAUGGCGGGAUUAUGUAAAUGCAUGACAAGUUCUUGUACAGUGAAAAUCAUGAUUAGCAUAUGUAUCGAAUAAACUUUGUACUAAAAAAACGAUCCGCUCAGGUUAUCUUCGUCGUCAUUGGCUUCAUAUGGGCAACCGGCGCCUCUGUUGGGUUGUUCGAUACGCUGUCUUGUUCGAUACGUACUUGGCAGGUUUUCAUCAAAUGGAGAUAAAUCUAAGCGGAUGAAUUGCAUGGGUCUCCACAAAAGUGGAUGUGCUGGAAGAGCGAGCGCCUCUUCAUAGACCCUAGCGCCGGCCUUUCGAGGUCCAGUAGAUUUCUCAGAGGAACAUGCAGUGCACUGACUUUCCAACGAUGAAGUUAUCCCAUCACACCCCCGGGAGUCAUUAGAUAGCUUGCGCCUUUGUUUUUUUUUUAAGACUAGGAAAAGACAUGCAACUGGGGAAAGCACGCUAUUGCGCAUCUCGCACCCGUCAAGCCCAGAAGAACGAGCCAAGGACGCUCCCACCAAUGCAGCAACGGCCGUCCCUGGGUGGUUGAGUGUCGUCCAGACCGACGGCGGUAGAUUCUACUGGGGGCGGAGGCUAGAUUUUCAAUAGUGGAGGAAAGAUGUCGAAUUAUGUAUGGAGUGCUCUA